CACACUCAAAAAUCUACCACAAAAAUCUAUGUUGGAUGGCACCAAAUCCAAUGCAUCACACAUUAGAUAAAGUUCUUCCAAAGAAAGGCCUUAAAAUUAGGAUUAUCUAAGCAAAAUUGUCAACAUCUCUUCAACAAAUCCAACAACUCUGUUUUUUUUUCCUCCUUUUUCUCACAUACCCUUUGGCAAGAAUUGACUUGGACUCUUUUUUUCUUCAUUUUGAACCAUUUUCUGAUCUAAAAAUCCAAUCUUGGAAACACCCAUUGAAGGAAAAAUCAAGAUUUUGAAGUUUUUAGAAAAAGGGGAAAAAAGGGUAUAAAAGAAAUCAUGGGAAAGACAACAAGGAAAUUGGAAGUUGUUUCUCCUGUUCCAGCAGAUAUAGAUAUUGCUAACUCUGUUGAACCUCUUCAUAUUUCUGAGAUUGCUCAAGAACUCAAUCUUAGCUCACAGCAUUAUGAUUUGUAUGGAAAGUAUAAAGCAAAGGUGCUGUUAUCUGUGCUUGAUGAUGUUGGAGGAAGUGAGGGCGGGUAUUAUGUGGUGGUUGGAGGAAUUACUCCAACCCCUCUUGGAGAAGGCAAGUCUACCACCACAGUCGGUCUUUGCCAGGCUUUGGGAGCUUUCCUUGAUAAAAAGGUUGUGACGUGUGUCCGCCAACCAUCACAAGGACCAACAUUUGGAAUCAAGGGUGGUGCCGCAGGAGGUGGUUACAGUCAAGUGAUACCAAUGGAUGAGUUCAAUCUUCACCUAACAGGAGAUAUUCAUGCAAUAACAGCAGCAAAUAACCUUUUGGCUGCUGCGAUCGAUACACGAAUCUUCCAUGAAUCUACACAGUCUGACAAGGCUCUCUUUAACAGGUUAUGCCCACCAAAUAAAGAAGGUAAACGGAAGUUCUGUGACAUAAUGUUUAGGCGCUUGAAGAAACUUGGUAUUGACAAGACGGCCCCCGAAGACCUUACUCCUGAAGAGAUCAGUAAAUUUGCUAGGCUAGAUAUAGAUCCUGCUUCCAUCACAUGGAGAAGAGUCAUGGAUGUCAACGAUAGGUUUUUGAGAAAAAUUACCAUAGGUCAGGGCCCUGAAGAGAAGGGGAUGGUGCGGGAGACAGCAUUUGAUAUUUCAGUUGCUAGUGAAAUAAUGGCAGUUCUAGCCCUCACAACAUCACUAGCUGAUAUGCGAGAGAGGCUGGGAAAAAUGGUAGUCGGGAAUAGCAAGGCCGGUGAUCCAGUUACAGCUGAUGAUCUUGGGGUUGGAGGUGCUUUGACUGUCUUGAUGAAAGAUGCCAUUAAUCCUACUCUUAUGCAGACUCUUGAGGGCACCCCUGUUCUUGUUCAUGCUGGUCCUUUCGCAAAUAUUGCUCAUGGAAAUUCAUCUAUUGUUGCUGACAAGAUUGCAUUAAAGCUCGUAGGACCUGGUGGCUUUGUGGUCACAGAGGCUGGCUUUGGUUCUGAUAUUGGGACAGAGAAGUUUAUGAACAUCAAAUGUCGAUAUAGUGGCUUGAAACCACAGUGCGCUAUUAUUGUGGCCACGGUAAGAGCCCUUAAAAUGCACGGUGGAGGACCUCAAGUCACUGCCGGAAAGCCUCUUGACAAUACCUAUGUAACUGAGAAUCUCGCACUAGUGGAAGCUGGUUGUGUGAAUCUGGCUAGGCAUAUUUCAAAUACAAAGGCUUAUGGUGUAAAUGUUGUGGUUGCCGUCAAUGCGUUCUCAACUGAUACUGAAGCAGAACUAAAUGCAGUUAAAAAUGCUGCAUUAACUGCAGGAGCAUUUGAUUCAGUAAUUUGUACUCAUCAUGCCCAUGGUGGCAAAGGAGCGGUGGACCUCGGAAUUGCAGUUCAGAAGGCCUGUGAGAAUGCAACAGAGUCACUAAAAUUCCUGUACCCGCUGGAUAUAGGUAUCAAAGAUAAAAUAGAGGCAAUAGCAAAAUCAUAUGGUGCUGAUGGAGUAGAGUACUCUGAAGAGGCUGAGAAACAGAUUGAGAUGUAUACCAAACAAGGUUUUACAAAUCUGCCAAUUUGCAUGGCGAAAACACAAUAUUCAUUUUCACAUGAUGCCGGGAAGAAGGGUGCUCCUAGUGGAUUCAUCCUGCCCAUCAGGGACAUUAGAGCAAGCAUUGGCGCGGGAUUCAUUUAUCCUCUUGUUGGAACAAUGAGCACAAUGCCUGGUUUGCCUACGAGGCCUUGUUUUUACGAGAUUGACAUUGACACGUCUACUGGAAAGGUAAUCGGUCUUUCUUGAGAAUUCAAAAAGUGUAGUGUGGUUGUUGCACUGUGUUUUGGCAGAAGUGAAGAGUUUGUCAAGUUUGAGACUUCCUUCUCCCUACAGUGCUCAGCAGAUAACGAUACUGCCCCGAGCCCCUUAUGCGUUUGUUACUUAUUGCUGUAACAUUAGUGUAAAAGAACACUUGCAGUUCUACUGCCCGACGUUGAUUGAAUAAACGUGAAUUUGAGUGA